AUGUCCCGCGGCGAGUGGAACGAAAAGGAGGAACUGUUGGCCGAGCAAGCGGCGAAGCAGUUGCGUAAUUACACACCACUGUUGGCUGCUUUCGCGCAGUCCGCAAAGGCUGAGAUCGCGUUGUUGACUAAGGUGCAAGAGUACCGCUACGAGAACAUGAGCUUCAUGCGAGCAUUUAGCAAGCUGGUGCUGAUGUUAUACAAGACCAAUGUGCUCUCCGAGGAAGUUAUCCUGAAGUGGUACCGCGACCCCAACUCUAGCAAGGGCAAGGUCAUGUUCCUCGACCAGAUGAAGAAGUUUGUCGAGUGGCUCCAAAGUGCUGAAGAGGAGUCUGAAAGCGGUGAAGAUGAAGAUUAG